AUGGAACUUGUUCAAAGUUUGGCGUGUGGUCGGAUGAAGGCAGAGCCAGUUAUAGGUAAGAGAUCAUGGAGUAGUUGUGAAGCAGCUGAACGAUCGAAUUCCAACUCUUCAUUUUCUGUAGGCGUAAGCACCCGUCGGGAAGUAAGCGUAGAAAUUGUGUUCUUGAUGGGAUCGGUCGACAGGAAGGACAACCGUACUGGAUUUUGUUUUACGGAGAUAAGCACUCGCGAUAAACUAGAAGCGAUCAUAACAGCGCUCCAACAAGUUCCCUGUGCCCACAACCAAUUGACUCACUUUUUGACAAAUGGGAACCAUUUCUUUUUUCAAAAACGAAUGGCGAUCUGUUGACAAGAGAGCUUCAAUGACUAUUUGGAAGUUGGAAAUGAACGACACGAUGAGGUCCCGAAGUGUUUGCAGUUCUUCUGGCUUAAUAAUGGUGACUGAGCCAUUCGUUACUUCAAUGAUUUUUGCCUUUUUAAGGCUGUUGAGGGCGUUACGAAAUGAUGUCGACUCCUCACCGGGUACAUGUAUGAACUCUCUUUCCAUAAGCUUUUGAAUUUUGCUGAUGUACUCUCUUUUGGCUUCGGAAAUCCCAGUAAUUCGUAAGCGUACAGCAUUUCUUCCAAUAACUUAUCAUAAUUAGUCGUCACCGGAAUUACAAGUAUAUCGUAUACUUUUCCUCUGAGAUACGGCUCAAGAACCAUCUGAAGGAGACCGUAUUUGGGAUGGAGACUUUUGCCUACACGGCUUCUUGUUCCUUCGACAAAAAAUUCUACGGGUCGGUCGCCAUGAAUAACAUGUGUUUGCACAUACUCAGAAAGAAUGGCCCAGUAUAAGUGGUCCUGACCAAUUGACCUCCGAAUGUAGAACGCCCCACACCUUCGCAGGACUUCGCUCAUAAACCAGGAAUUCGUGAAGUCCAUACCGGCAGCAAUCGCUGGCAGGGGAACCUCAUAUUCGAAGCAAAACAGUGAAAGGAGAAGGAAGUCGAGGUAAGUUCUAUGUGACGGCAUGAACACCACCGAUGCGGUUUUGCACAGUUCUCGAAUUUGCUCCAGCUGACUGGCGUUCACGUAAACGGAGUCGAAUAUUCGCUCUAACACCUUUGAGACGGCGAAACCAAAGGUCCGGGUGCUUUUGAGCCCCCAAUUGUGA